CAGAGAGAGAGAGAGAGGCAAGGAGAACUCUGCCCAUGCUCCGAGGCGCUGGGUCUGUGCCCGGGGUGUGUGGCGACCAAUUAGGAGGGCCUCCCUCCACACCCUCCCACGGGUGUUCUUCCUCUUUCAGUUUCACUUUCUGGGCGGAGAUGGGAGCUUGCGACUGGCGCCGGGUCUGUUACUGGUUUUCCUUCCCCUUCAUCUGGCUCUGGGACCAGUGCUGCAGAGCGGCUGAGUGUCUGCGCCGUUGCCUAUGUCAUGGAGGGGAGGAAAGGUGGCUGCUGGAAGAACCUCCGGAGGAGAUAGGAAGGCAGAAGUGGGAGAAACAAGGAACCUGCUGUAUAUGCUUUGAAAAAGAGCUCCCCAUCAAGGUCCAUGUCACCGGGCAGACUGCUGGUUGUGAGAAUAAGUUCUUAAUGAAGGUCUCCGACUACCUUUCCAGUCACUUUAUCCAUCUCAAGAACGAUGAUUUCUCUGCCCACUUCCUGCUGAUCUUCUGCCCGGUGGUUUCUCGGGUGGGCACCGACAUGCAGAAUGCUCUGGUAGAUCUCAGUGGUGAGACGAAGGUCAUCUUGGUGAUGCUGCACCAUAUACCAAAGGAGAGCAACCGCUUUGUGGACCCCUACCUGCAGGCACAUCACCCAGCCGUGGUGCGCACUGUCCAUGCUUGCUACACGCUCGAAGAUGGCCUCUUUGCCUGCCAGGUGAACGAGGAGGCUGUGAACACUGUGGCUGAAGUCCUCAAAUACCACUGCACAGGGUGAGGGGAGCCCCAUGAUCUUGGGGUCUGAUGGGCAUAGAAGAACGGCCAUGGGUCUCUGGCAUCCACAUAUGUUACCACUCAUGUCUUGAAAACUAUAUCUAUAUCUGUAUCUAAUAAAAGUGACCGUAUGUGUA